GAUAUGAAUACAUGGACUGUGUAUGUUUGCGUGUAAACGCACAAAAUACCUACAGUAUACCUCUCCCUUAACAGCAAAUGUGAUUGAACCAGCCCAAAACACACACAUUAUGUUGAUGAUUAUGUAGAGGGGCUUGCCUAGCACUGAGAGCCCGCAGAGUUGUGUGUGCGUGUCUGUGUGUCUAUAUGUGUGUGUGUGUGUGUGUGUGUGUGUGUGUGCGUGUGUGUGCGUGUCUGUGUCUAUAUGUGUGUGUGUCUGGCAGAGAAAUCUUGCACCUUCAGGGCGACAAACUCUCUGUCCCAGCCCAGCCUGUCCUAGUCUGACCUGAACGUCUUUCAUGGUGAGGGGGGGCUGAACGCCCAAAACUGGGUUAGGAUGCUGCUUACUCUGCGUUGGGCCGCCCACUGUUCCGUGAGACUCCCUCUUGGCUUGUGGGUUAUUGAAAGAUUUCUGUAGAUAAGGAGAUUAGGGAAUAAUGCCAUUCUUGUGCAACUGUGGGGCAGAAUUGAUAUUGGGCUUUAAUCUGUAGGCACGGGGCGGAGAUUUCCCAUGAUGCUGUGUGCAGUGCGGAGUGCAGGGAGGUGUGAGGUGACUGCAGGGUGGCUUCAGUGUGAGGCCACUGAGGAGGGCUAAACCGGGGGGAACUCAACAGUGUGGUGGCGGCCAGGCAGAAGCCGAGCAGGAGUGCCUGAUACGGACUGCGGCGCCAGCAGAGCACAGCUGAGCCAGCCACCUCCUCCUCCUCAUCCUUCAUCAUGCGCGUCUCUCUGCUGGCUUCCCACCUGCUGCUCCUCGCCGGACUCUGGCUGGUCAUCCCCGUCGAUGGAGCUCAGUUUCUGGGCCUCAGGAAACACAAAGACGUGCACCUGGGGGAGCGCAGCAGCCACAACCACGGCCGGCGGAUCGAAUUCAAGAUGAAGAAGUUGGACAGCACCAAGUCCCUGCUGAUCAAGUCCGAGCAGCUGCUCCGCAUUGAAGACCACGACUUCGCCAUGAGGCCCGGCUUUGGAGGUGCGGCGAUCCCAGUGGGCAUCGACGUCCAGGUGGAGAGCAUCGACAGCAUUUCAGAGGUCAACAUGGACUUCACCAUGACCCUGUACUUGAGGCACUACUGGCAGGACGACCGGCUGGCCUUCCCCUCCAGCAGCAACAAGAGUCGCACCUUUGAUGCGCGGCUGGUGAAGAAGAUCUGGGUGCCGGACGUCUUCUUCGUGCACUCCAAGCGCUCCUUCAUCCACGACACCACCAUGGAGAACAUCAUGCUGAGGGUGUACCCUGACGGCAACAUCCUGUACAGCGUCAGGUACGCGCCUCUCGCUGGUGAGCCGCCUGCCUGGGUCCCGCUCUGGCCUUCACCCCGUGCUGCCCGGCCUUGCAGGAUCACUGUCACCGCCUUCUGCUCCAUGGACUUCAGCAGGUUUCCGCUGGACACGCAGAACUGCUCUCUGGAGUUGGAGAGCUACGCAUAUAACGAAAACGACCUAAUGCUGUACUGGAAGAAUGGGAAUGAUUCCCUGCGAACGGACGAGAUCCUGCUCUCUCAGUUUUUCAUUGAAGAAUUCCACCCAUCCUUCGGACUGGCCUUCUACAGCAGCACGGGAUGGUACAACAGACUGUACAUUAACUUCCUGCUCAGAAGGCACAUCUUCUUCUUCAUGCUGCAGACCUACUUCCCCACCAUGCUGAUGGUGAUGCUAUCCUGGGUGUCCUUCUGGAUCGACCGGAGGGCCGUCCCCGCCCGUGUCUCCCUAGGCAUCACCACUGUGCUCACCAUGUCCACCAUCAUCACAGGCGUGUCCUCCUCCAUGCCCCAGGUGUCCUACAUCAAGGCCGUGGACAUCUACCUGUGGGCCAGCUUCCUCUUCGUCUUCCUGUCCGUCAUUGAAUACGCCGCAGUCAACUAUUUCACCACGGUGGAGGAGAUGAGGAAACUCACGAGGGCAAAGGGACCUGCCACCUUGAACGCCACUGUAGCCAUGGCCUUCGAUGGUUGCUUCCAUGACAACGAGCUGGACCUCACCCCCUUCCCGGAGGUCCCUGUCACCAGCAUCCCUGAUCGGGCAACCCAGUCACACGACUUGGCCGAGCCGGCUCCCACAGAGGGAACCUGGCUACGCAGGAAACGGUCUGUGAGGAGAAACCUCAGCUUCAUCAUGAGCAACAGCUACAUGAUCGACUCGUACUCCCGCGCUCUCUUCCCAUUGGCCUACCUGCUCUUCAACAUCAUCUACUGGAGCAUGUACUCUUAGACACCGUGCAAUUUGUACUAAAGUCAAAGGAUGGAGACCUGCUAGUAUACACAAUGCAGAACAUGUGACAUAAAGAGCACUAUACUCCUGCAGUGAUACUGCAUCCUCACUACUAAACAGCACUAUAUUACUAGAAUGAUACUGCAUCCCCACACAUAAACAGCAUUAUAUUCCUACAAUGAUUCUGCAUCCCCACACAUAAACAGCACUAUAUUCUGACAAAGAUACUGUAUCCCCACAACUAAACAGCACUGUACUCCUACAAUUCAUUAUUCCCAGACCUACCCAGCAUUAUACUCCUACAACAAUUCUGCUUCCCCACCAGGGAAAGUGAGGCCAGUUUCAAGGGCCCCUGAGUGAUAGGGACCAAAAAUAAUUUGGAAAAUAUUUGGAUAGGUUUAGGUUAUUGGCCCAUUAUUAUAUACUUUCAUGGGGCCCAAACUCUCUAGUGGUGCCCCUGAUCCCCACAUCAACAACUAAUACCUAAACAGCUAUACUAUACUCCUACGAUACUGCAUCCCCACACAUAAAAAGCACUACAGUAUACUCCCACAAUGAUACUGUAUCCCCAAACCUACACAGCACUGUACUCCAAUGGCAUUGCAUUCCCACAAACACAACUAUCCCAAGCAACACUAUACUCCAGCUUGAAUCUAUUUAGUCAAAUAGCAAGCUAAAAUGUACCAUUUACGCAAACUGCAUUGGAGACAAUUUUGCUUCAAAAUAACUACAGUACAUUAGAGCAGGCCUCCAGGACCACAGUAUCGGGACCUCAUGCUGUGGUGGAGGUAUCAAGGCUGGACUGUCAGGUCCAGCACUGGGGUGACAGGUCUGACCGCACUGCAUCUAGUCUUAUAGGAAGAGCCAUUUGUGCUCUCAAAGAGCUCACACUACCGACACACUGGAUUGGACUGGGUUAUGCUGGGGGGAUUAGGGUUAGGAUUAGGGUUAGCAACUCGCAGGUCACCGCAGGUCAGCUUGAAGACAUUAUUGCUGAGUACUGUCAAUAUUCUGUACUCACAUGUGGGUGGGUUUGUCAUGCGAGUGCAUGUGUGUGGCUGUGUGUGAU